UGCGCAGUGCGCGCGCUUCCUCUUGUCACUAUUUGUAGUAUCCUGCAUAUCAAUGUAGCUCGUUAUUAUUGUAUUAUUUGUAUCUGCUCACAUCUCGUUACUUCAUGCUUACUUUCCUGUUCUCCGCCGUUUUUUGCGCCACAUACCUGUCUCCGAUCAUCAGUCAUGUUAAAGGCAGAGACUUCACUGAGCAGGAAAUGUCUCAUUACAGGGACAGAAUAAAGUCCAUGUUUUAUCAUGCCUACAACAGCUACUUGGAAAAUGCCUAUCCUUAUGAUGAGUUGAGACCACUGACAUGUGAUGGACAGGAUACAUGGGGCAGUUUCUCCCUCACACUCAUUGAUGCUUUGGACACAUUGUUGAUUUUAGGAAACCACACAGAGUUUCAACGUGUGGCCACUCUGCUUCAGGACACGAUUGACUUUGACACUGAUGUGAACGCGUCUGUGUUCGAGACAAACAUACGAGUGGUUGGGGGGCUUCUGUCGGCCCAUCUGCUUUCCAAGCGUGCUGGGAUGGAGGUGGAGGAGGGCUGGCCCUGCUCUGGACCCCUCCUGCGCAUGGCAGAGGAUGCUGCCCGCAAACUGCUGCCUGCAUUCCAGACACCCACAGGGAUGCCAUAUGGCACGGUAAACCUACUGAGGGGCGUUAAUCCCACUGAGACGCCAGUCACCUGCACUGCAGGAGUGGGCACCUUCAUCCUGGAGUUCUCCACCCUCAGCCGACUCACUGGGGACCCUGUAUUUGAGGAUGUGGCUCGCAAAGCUCUCAGGGCAUUAUGGAGAACACGCUCGGAUAUUGGCCUGGUGGGCAACCAUAUAGAUGUCAUCACCUCUAAGUGGGUGGCUCAGGACGCAGGGAUCGGGGCUGGAGUGGACUCAUACUUCGAGUACCUUGUGAAGGGAGCCAUCAUGCUGCAAGACGAGGAACUGCUAAAUAUGUUUCACGAAUAUGAUAAGUCCAUAAAGAACUACACUAAGUUUGAUGAUUGGUAUCUGUGGGUGCAGAUGCAUAAGGGAACAGUUUCAAUGCCUGUGUUUCAGUCGUUGGAGGCAUUCUGGCCUGGAUUGCAGAGCUUGAUAGGUGAUAUUUCCAGUGCAACAAAGACCUUCCAUAACUACUACACUGUGUGGCGUCAGUUUGGAGGUCUCCCAGAAUUCUACAGCAUUCCUCAAGGGUACACGGUGGACAAGCGAGAGGGCUACCCUCUACGCCCAGAGUUGAUAGAGAGUGCCAUGUAUCUGUACAAGGCCACGGGUGAUCCAACAUUCAUGCAGCUUGGCCGGGAUGCCGUUGAGUCAAUAGACAAAAUCAGCCGUGUGAACUGUGGUUUUGCCACUGUGAAGGACGUAAGGGACCACAAAUUGGACAACCGUAUGGAGUCCUUCUUCCUGGCUGAGACCAUUAAAUACCUCUACCUCCUCUUUGAUCCUGAGAACUUCCUUCAUAACACUGGCACAGAGUUUGAGCUCGGUGGUGUGCAGGGAGACUGCAUACUAAGUGCGGGGGGAUACAUCUUUAACACGGAGGCCCACCCGCUGGACCCCGCGGCGCUCCACUGCUGUAGCCGAGACCAAGCCGAACGCAGGGAACUCCAGGACAUACUCAGUUUCUCAGAACCACUCAGGCCUCCCAUGGACCAGUCAGAUGAGAUGGCAGGGGACAGGGACCCAAGCAAUGGUGGCUCCCGAGAGAGCAUAGCACUAAAGCCAGGAGAGAGAAGGAAACCUGUGCUCUCCUGUCCCACUCAGCCUUUCAGUGCCAAAUUGGCUGUUAUGGGUCAAGUGUUUUCGGACAACUCAUGAACAGACUUUAUUCUCAACAAUGUGGAAUGAUGUUGAUUAUGUUUGUAAUUUA